AUGAAACUCUUCUGUUUAUUAAUAUCUUUUUUCUUCGUGGAUGUUUUGUCAGAAAAUGCUGAUGAAUUUGAAUAUAAGGUUUUAGUUUAUCAAACAACUCAAAUGUUCAGAAGGGCUUAUUUUCUAAAUAAUAUAACUGUAGGACAUACAUCUGGAAUAAAUGGAUUGGAGUAUGUAAUUGAGAGAAUGGUUAAUGAUAUCAAUAAUGUCCUGGGCUUCCAGGAUUUCUGCAAAAUAAAUUUAUUGAUCGCUGUACCGGACCAAAAAGAAAUUAUCUCGAGUAUACGGGAAAUUCCAUUUUAUGACCCAUUGCAAAAAGCCAAUUAUUUCAUGCAAGGAUUGAUAAAUUUCAUACACCGUAUAUUAGGACUUGGAUUGCCUAGAUAUAAUAUAUAUGGGGGAACAUUGAUAGCCUUUGCAAAAGAAAGGAGAGACUAUGUGGUGCAAGCUUUAAAAAAUGCAAUCGGACGUCGUUUAUUAGAGGUAUCUGAGCAGCAUGUAGAUAAUCCAGCCUCUUUAUUACCCAAGUGUCGUUUGCUAGGGUUGUACAUGAGUACACAAUUUCCACACUAUUACAUAAAAGAAGUUCAAGUUAAUCCAACUGACCUUACAUGCAUCUUAACGAAUUCAAUAGACACCAAAAGGAGAUACAGAAAAAUUGGUAACAUAUGGUCCGAAAUAAGCCUAGAUAACCUUAACCAAUCACUACAAACAGUCGAACAACAGUUACGAAUUGGACGUCCACUAGUUGCACCUACAUCUUAA